AUGGCGCCCACGCAACCUGUACGUCCUGCGAAAGACCAGCGAUUCAAGAAUAUUCUCUGUGAGUUGUGGCUCGAGCGCCCCCUCCCUGCCUGGCAGAACAAAUCUAACAUUCUAAUUCCCCCGGGCGCAGCCUUCGCCGCCGAGCUUGAGGCGAACCUACCCAAAGCUGCAGCAUCCAAGACAUCAAUCUCGACCACAAAGGACCUCGAAGAUCGCAUAUCCUCCUUCCCCGAGAAUUUGAGUGUCACGAAAUCUUCCCAGUGCGAGGAGCUGGAUCGCAGUGGGACGUCGAUCUGGAAUCUUUGUACAAGGCUCCGGCGCGACUACGAUACUGAACAGCCACAAGAUGUGCCGAUCGUGCUACUGCUCGCACGCGUGUAUGCGUUCCUGAUGGUCGACUGUGCGCACGUAGCGGGCAAGAGUGCGGGGGCGUACCUAACCAGGUUGAUGAAAACCGGACUCAAGGCUGGGAAGAGCUGCUUGGAACGCAAGGAGUAUCAACUUGCUCUGAAGGUACUGGGACGGGUCAGCGAACAUGAGGCGACGAUGAAGAAGCAUGCGGCGGAGCAGAGGCAGAAAGAUCGGGAGGAGAGUGAGAGGUUAAUCGCGGAAUACUAUGUUCUUCGGACAGCCCUGGCAUGGCAUCAGUCGCAAUUCGACAUGGCAGAGCAUAUGUUCACCAAAUCGACAAGCGCCAAACAGUUCUUCCACCCAAGCACCGCAGAGAGUCUGGCAGAUGUAUUGUACGAGAUGGGAAAGGACCUUCUGACCAAGCAACAAUACCCAAUGGCUGUCAAGUGGCUCGAAAGGGCAAGCGAAGUGUUGGAUGGCCAAGAACUGGACCGGUUGAGCGUGGACGCUACUGAGCUUCGAACAUCUAUAUUGCAGUCUCUGACCAGAGCACUACUGGGUCUAAGAGAUCCAGCCGCGGCAGAACGAGCUCGAGGCCUUGUUGAUCUUCUUCAGAAUCAGGUUGGCGACAAAUUGGUGGUCCUGCUACUAAGGCUGGAAUUGCUGUCCGCACCUUCGACAGAUGACGGGGUUCCAUUCGAUAGUGCAUCAUACCUCGACAUUCUUCAACGUAUGAUACGGACGCUUCUGCUCAGCGAUGGCAACUUCAAAUUGAUCAUGUCACACAUCCGCAAACUUACGGAUAAGAGCCCGAGUCUGGCAUCCAAGGCCCUCGACGAUUUCUUGAUCCUGCGCAUCGUUCGAGAAAAUUGUGACGAUUGGUUUGAAAAGGCGCUUAUAACUAGACUGUGGAUUGCAGCGAACCACAGAGACAGCCCUGAUUCUCUUGGAAAACUGGAAGAACUCUUCUCCACGAUGGUGGCCAACUUUGUCAAGCCGGCCAGCUCAGCAGCCACCCUAGCAGCUCACACCUUGCUAUGGAAGCGCAUAGAGUCGAACUAUAUCUCGGGAAAGUUUGAUGUGGCAGAGAAGUGGUGCAGGUUGGCCUUGCAUCCAAUCUUUCAGAACUCAGGAGAGUUAAACACGGCUAGGAUUUCCAGAAAGCUACUCCUCUGUGCGCUUGCUAGAACGGAUAUCGGAAGUGCCAGAGAGAUUUUCUCCUCCAUGUCAGACGCUGCGAAGAACGAACCGAUGUCUAGAUUUUUGAUGUACAAGAUAGCGGUACGUUGUCAAGAAACGGAUCUGGCUGCCGAAUGCCUUCAGUUGAUAGGCUCUGCAUCGACCAAAGACCCUAAGCUAUUGUAUGCUUGCGUGUUAGAUGCUCAACAAGCCGGUGAUAGAGUCCAGACGUUGGCUGCGCUUCAACUGGUACUCGAAAAUUGCGGCUAUGAUGCUCCGUUGAUCAAUCUGGCGUCACUGCUUCGCCUGACAAUAUCUCUGAUGGUUCAAAUCCUUGAAGAGACAUCUAAGCGCCCUAAUGACGCCGAGAAGGCAGAAGCCAUGGUAGAAAAGCUGUGCAUGAUGUACGAAAAGGGUGUGACCGCGUCCAAGAAGGCACGAUUAAUAAAGAACCGGCCUGAUGCGAUCUGGACGAUAGACGAACUUCACUGGUUUUCCAAGAACUCCUAUAACCUGGCCAUCAAGCACCUUGCGAAUUGGAAGCCCCAACGAGUUGUUCGCAUGUUAUCUUGCUGCAUCGCAUUUAUUGAUCAAUACCCCAAGGACGUAAAUCAGCAGCUUAACGAUGAUCUUUCUUUGCGCCGGAUGUUCUGCGAUUUCACGGCUGCAACAGCAUUAGUUGGUCUAGCUCGUAGCGAGGACAAUAUUGAGGUUCAACUGCAGGAUUAUCUCCAAGUACGCAAGCAUGUUGAAAGCUUCGAUGCGCAACUUCAAAGCAAAGUGGGUACUUUGGAAGAAGAAGCCGAGCUUGACCUGCGUCGGAAGCUUACUAUCCUCGCCGCUUUCGACUUCGAGGCCGCUUGUCAGCUGAAAACCUGGGACGAGCUCGGAGAAAUCGUUCUGAAGGCCGAUGCUUGCAAAAGUAACGUGGUCUACGAAGUCAUGGCGGAUAUCGUCCUCUGCUCUCAAGCUCCUACGGCUACUCUGGUUCACAUUCUAAAGAAGAUUAUCAAUGAAACGUGGGGGAUGGAUUCACUCGAUGUCCCGAAGCUGGCCAAAUACAUCCGCUGUCUAUUCCAGAUCACGAUUUCAGAGGAUGUCGAGGUUGCAGAACAGCUUCUGGACCAGGUGUGUGGCUACGCAUCAGAAGCCGCGGAGACCGAUACGCCAUUCCCCUCUGGAGAAAUCGAAUGGAUGGCAGCCAAGGCUUUCAAUCAUGCCGUCGACUUCUACUGUGCCGGCGAGGACGAGAGGUCCAAGAAUUGGGCUGACAAGGCUCUAAAUAUUGCACAGCACUGUGCUGACGGCGGAGCGUUGGUGAGACUCCUGCAGAGUAAGUUGGUGGAAUUGAAUUUUGAUACUUGA